UGGGCACUCCCGAAAGUGCGCCGGGCCGCGCGCUGGCAUCUCAUAUGCCUCGCAACUCCGGAUUUUUGGUACAGCUUUCAUGCCGCAAUAUAAGGAGGUAAUAAGUAUAGGAUUUUAGUUAGUUUUUUACUGUAACUAUUUAAAUCAAAAGAACUCCAUUCGAACCCAUGGGGACUAUUAAAAACUCUCUAGAGCCUUCGACUUUCUUUCGUUAUUUGCGUUUGCUGUACUCAUGUUCAACUUACAAUGGAGUCUUCUUCAGAAAAGACGACAAUAGAUGAGACAUCUAACCAAGACUCCGAUGCCUUCAGCGCUUACGUGAGGAUCUUUAAAUAUGGCACGCCGAAAGAACACGCCUUACAACUGGUGGCGACCGCAUGUGCUCUAGGCUCCGGUGUUGGCAUGGCUCUUCUUAACCUGGUAUUCGGACAGUUCAUCACAGUGCUGUCCGACUUUACAUCUGGUGCCUCCAGCCCCGCUGAUUUCCGAAGAGAUGCUUCCCGGCUAGCUCUAUACUUUUUUAUCAUAGGAAUUGCGCGAUUCUGCCUCGUUUUCGCUUACAGUUCUCUUUAUACGCUCGCAGCCUACCGAAUCGCUCGAAACAUUCGUCGUCUAUAUCUUAAGGCAGGUCUCAGCCAGGAAGUCGCCUACUUCGAUGCUGGGACAGGCGGGUCGAUUGCCAUGCAAGCUAUUUCGAACGGCAAAUUGAUUCAGGCAGGGGCAUCAGAAAAGCUAGGCCUCGUCUUCCAAGGAAUCUCAGCUUUCAUAUCUGCCUUUGUCCUAGCUUUUGUCACGCAAUGGAAGCUUACUCUGAUCAUCUGUUGUAUUGCCCCGGCUACGCUUAUCGUAAUGGGCGUAGCUUCUACCAUCGAGGCUUCCAUCGAGUCCAAGAUCCUCAAGAUUCGCGCUCAGGCUGGGUCUUUUUCCGAGAGCAUUCUGUCAAGCGUUCGGACCGUUCACGCCUUUGACUUGCGGUCCCGGUUAACGAAGGAUUUCGAUAAGUAUUUACAGGCUGCAAGGGCCCUAGGAAACAAGAAGAACGCGCUCUUCGGUUUCAUGUUCUCUGCCGAAUAUACCAUUAUAUUUGCGGGGGUCGCCUUGGGCUUUUGGCAGGGUAUUGGGAUGCUGGCUAGGGGGGAGGUUUCUGCAUCUGGUGACGUUUUUACUGUCCUCAUGUCAGUGAUCAUUGCGGCUACCAGUUUGACUUCUAUCGCCCCCUAUGUAAUUGACUUUACUCGCGCGGCCACCGCCGCUGCGGAACUAUUCCGACUUAUGGACCGAACGUCGGCCAUUGACCCAUUCAACCAACAAGGGGAACAGCCUACGCAGGUGACGGGGACUAUCGAGUUCGAUCAUGUGUCUUUCAGCUAUCCAAUGCGCCCUGGUGUCGUAGUAUUGAAAGACUUCGAGCUGCACAUCCCUGCUGGGAAAGUAACGGCUCUUGUGGGGGCAAGCGGAUCAGGCAAGAGUACUAUCAUCGGUUUGAUUGAGCGAUGGUACAAUCCAGUAUCUGGGACUGUGAAGCUUGAUGGCCGACCCAUUGAUCAGUUAAACCUAAAAUGGCUGAGACAACACGUUCGACUUGUUCAACAAGAGCCGGUCUUAUUCGCCGGGACUGUUUUCGACAACAUCGCGAACGGUCUCGCUGGUACCCCUUGGGAGAAUGAUAGCCCAUCUGACAAACUAGUAAGGGUAAAGGAGGCUGCUCGGAUCGCCUUUGCAGAUGACUUCAUCACCAACCUCCCCAAAGGCUACGAUACUGUUAUCGGAGAGCGAGGCGGGUUGCUAUCGGGGGGCCAGAAGCAGAGGGUGGCCAUCGCUCGAAGUAUUGUAUCACAGCCAACUAUCCUUCUACUCGAUGAAGCCACCAGUGCGCUUGACCCCCAGUCAGAGGAGGAGGUCCAGAAGGCCCUCGACAACGUUUCACAAGGGCGUACUACGAUCACGAUAGCGCACAAGUUAGCUACUAUACGCAACGCUGAUAACAUCGUGGUAAUGGAAAAAGGCUGUAUUAUCGAACAGGGGACGCACAGCUCGCUCCUGCAACAGAACAGUGUCUAUUCACGCCUCGUGAAAGCCCAAGAUCUGUCGGUAACUAAGCAAGUAUUUGAUAGCGGCUCCUCGGACGACUUCAACGAGAAAACAGAGGAUGGAGAACCGGUUACCUUAACCAAGUCAUUGACACGAUAUUCAACGUCGACAAAUCGCCGGUCGGAGAAACAGCUGGCUCGGGAUGACUUUGAACUAUGGAAAACAGUCGGGCUUCUCCGUACUAUCUGGCGAUUAGUAGUCUCGAAUCCCGAACUCAAAUGGACUUAUUCUCUUCUAUUAUUCGGAUGUCUAGGUGCAGCCGCCGCGUUCCCAGGUCAGGCAAUCCUGAUGUCUAAAUUCAUCGAAGCAUUUCAACUAUCUGGCUCAGAUAUGCAGUCAACAGGAAACUUCUUUGCACUAAUGUUUUUAGUUAUGGCAAUCGGGGCUCUUGUCGUUUAUUUCAUCAUUGGAUGGACAUCGAACGUUGUUGCUCAGACUUUGAACCACAAAUAUCGGAGGCAAGUGGUUAGCGACUUAUUAAAACAGGACUUGCAAUUUUUCGAUCGCCCUGAGAAUAGUACUGGCGCCUUGAUUAGUCGGACAGAUUCUUACCCUCAGGCUAUAUUUGAGCUCAUGGGCUUCAAUGUCGCUCUUAUAUCAAUUGCACUAGUCGGUGUACUUUCAUGCUGCGUCUUAGCUUUGGUUUACGGAUGGCGACUCGGCUUGGUUAUUAUAUUUGCUGGUCUUCCGCCUAUGAUGUUUUCUGGAUAUGCUCGCAUUAGAAUUGAGUCGGCAAUGGAUCACAGGAUUUCGAAACGGUUCUCGGCAAGCGCGUCAAUAGCUUCGGAAGCGGUAACCGCGAUUCGUACGGUAUCAUCAUUGGCCAUUGAGAACUUGGUCUUGGAGAGAUACACCAACGAGCUGGAUCACGCCGUCUCAAGCUGUACAAACCCGGUGUUGCUUAGUAUGGCUGCGUUUGCGUUCACGCAGACCGUUGAUUGCUAUUUCUUGGCUUUAGGCUUUUGGUACGGAUGCCGCCUGGUCUCGUUCGGCGAUCUGAGCUUGGGAAACUUCUUUAUAGCAUUUCUCGGAGUGUUUUUUUCCGGUCAACAGUCUUCUAUCCUAUUCGGGUUUUCUAGUAGUAUGACCAAAGCAAAAAACGCUGCGAACUAUAUAUUUUGGCUCCAGCAGCUCCAGCCCACUAUACAAGAAACGGAAGAGAAUAAACACGUCGGACCGGCUGGUUAUAAGCACCUGGACCUGGAUAACGUGCAAUUCUCCUACCCCCUCCGGCCUCACGCCCGCGUCUUGCGCGGUAUCAACCUCAAAAUUCAAAGGGGACAAUUUGUUGCUUUUGUCGGUGCUUCCGGAUGCGGAAAAAGUACCAUGAUCGCCAUGCUAGAACGCUUCUACGAUCCUGUAGCUGGGCACUUGGUAAUCGACUCCAAGAACUUGGAUGCGAUGAAUCCUCGGCUCUACCGCAACCAAGUAGCACUUGUACAGCAAGAGCCGACGCUUUAUCCAGGAACCAUCCGCGAAAAUGUUUCCAUGGGAAUCCUAACCGAAGAUCUGACAUCCAUCGACGAAGCCGAUAUUGUGGCGGCCUGUCGUGCCGCAAACGCCUGGGAAUUCAUUUCUUCUCUUCCCGAAGGGCUCGACACUCCCUGUGGUAGCAACGGACUGCAACUCUCCGGCGGACAACGCCAGCGCAUUGCUAUUUCGAGGGCGCUAAUACGAAAUCCACGCGUGCUACUUCUGGAUGAAGCAACGAGUGCCCUAGACACGCAGUCGGAGAGAAUUGUCCAGGACGCCCUCAACGAGGCAGCUGCGCAAGAUGACAGAAUAACUAUUGCAGUUGCCCACCGCCUGUCAACCAUCAGGCAUGCUGAUCUUAUAUGCGUGUUUUCGGGGGGUAGAAUUGUUGAAUCAGGUACACAUGAAGAGCUGAUCGCGAAGAACGGCAUGUAUAGCAAGAUGUGCGAAGCACAGAACCUGGCUCUAUAAUACACCGAUAGAAAUUUCCGUUGAGGAUAUAAAUAGAUGGACAGGAUGAAGAAUGGUAAAUUUUAGAACAUGGACUCACAAUAGAAUUAGAGAGAGCGGAGGCUAGUGAGCACGUAGAUGGAAGGGAUAAAGCGAAACAUAAUAUUUCACAUUUUAGGUACUCAUUUUCCAUGAUUUUUAUUUUUAUUUUUAUUUU